AUGCAAGACACCACCCAUACUGAAAGACAUGCCAACAACAAUGACCUGAUGCGAAACUUCAUCAUCGGGUUUAGCGAUGGCUUGACUGUCCCGUUCUCACUCACGGCGGGGCUCUCCUCGCUCGGCUCGUCGAAACUCGUCAUUCUCGCCGGACUAGCCGAGCUAUUCUCCGGAGCCAUCAGCAUGGGUCUUUCCUCCUUCUUGGCUGCAUCCACAGAUGCAAAGCAAUACGCGGUCGAGAUGGCACGCGAAAAACUGGAGAUUGAGCAAUGUCCUCUCGCCGAGGAGCAGGAAAUCUAUGACAUUUUUGCGCAGUACGACAUACCACGUAUGCAUGCUUGUAUGAUCGUUGAGAGCUUGAAAGACAACCCUGAGAUGUGGGUCAAGGUGAGUUUUGAAAACGGACACGGAUCGCAACAAGCAUCGUUACAUACUGAAGUACUUUUUGUAUUCAGUNUCAUGAUGGACUUUGAGCUGAAGCUCACAAAGCCAAAUCGUGCUGGUGCCUGGGUCGAAGGUCUGGUGAUGGGACUCUCGUAUCUACUAGGUACUUUCUUCUUGCUCGUGGACGCCUACUGCCUGAAGUUACUGACAUUGCCGAAGNGUGGUCUGCUGCCGAUGAUUCCGUACUUCGUGUUCAAGCGAACGAACGACGCGCUUUUCACGUCCAUCGGUAUUACUAUCACCGUCCUCGUCGUAUUUGGUUACGGCAAAUCUGCAAUCAUUGGAAAUCCAAAAAGCGACUCGAUCGUUAGCGCCUGCUACACCGUUCUUGUAGGUAUCAUCGCUGCAGGUACUAGUUACGGUAUCGUAAGGGGUAUAGAUGCUGCAAACCCUGUCAGGAUGUAA